CCAACCAACCACCAUUCCCACCUCCCCUGCUCUACUUCCCAAAAAAAAACUCCCCUGCGGCGACGGCGACGGCGAGGAGACGGCGAACGGCGGGCAAGGACCAAGGCGCGUCGACUUCAAGCUGCUCUGCUCCCCGUCCGGCAUGGUAGCCCGGUCUCUCCUCCGUCCGUGCCACCCACAAGGUCGUACAUCCCUGCAUCAGAUGGGGAUGUACGCAGCACUCCGUGUGGCGCAAUGGGUGGUGGGCAAGGCGCUAGCCCCCGUUGCCGAGGGUGUGCUGGGGGCUUGGGCAGACACCAAGAACUUUGGUCCCAACGUCGAGGCCCUCAGCACGGAACUGCUGCUCGUGAAGGCCAUGCUUGAGCAGGCUGCCCACAAGGAGCUCGGAGGCCCGGCAAUGGAGAUGCUGCUGCAGAAGCUGCGGGACUCGGCUCAGAAUGCCGAAGAUUUGCUGGAUGAGCUGGACUAUUUCCGCAUCCACGACAAGCUCCAUGGAACGUAUGAGGCUGCCGACAAGCACGGCAAGGGUUGCGUCCGCAACCUUGCCUUCAAUGCUCGCCACACCGCCGAAACUGUUGGCAAACUGGUUAACUGUUGCGCUUGGCAGCGUGCUAAGCGCCGGCAGAGGUCACACAACAAUUCCUCCUCAGCGCCAAGCGCCAAUCAUGAGGCCAGCGGAUGCAUGCCCAAGCUCGGUAAACUCCUCCCUUGCUCAUCUUCCCCACAUCUACAUGUUGGUGAUGGCGAUGGUGGCAAUGAGCAAGAAACACCAAAGCUUGAGUUUAAUAGGAUUGGUUUCUCUCAAAGGAUGAAUAACAUUGUAGAGAAACUGCAGCUUAUGCGCAAUGAGGUUAGCAAGAUUCUGAUACAUUGUGGCCCUAGAACUGUCCCAGACACUGCCCAAAUUCGUCCUAUCACCAAAGGUCGGAUUGAUGAGCCAAAACUGUAUGGGAGGGACCGUGUCAUGAAUAGCAUCAUACAUGAUAUCACCAAGGGUCAAUAUUGUGACAAGGGUCUAACUGUGCUGCCGGUUGUGGGUCCGGGGGGAAUGGGGAAGACAACUCUGAUACAACACAUAUAUCGCAACCAACAAGUGCAGAAUCAUUUUCCAGUCAUGAUUUGGAUAUGUGUCUCCCUUGAUUUCAAUCUCGAUAAGGUGCUAGAACAGAUUAAAACAUGUACACAUCGAGUUGAAGCGGAAAAAGAGGGUAUUAUAACAGAAAAUGUGAUUGAACAAAGAUUAAAAUAUAAAAGGUUCUUACUUGUAUUGGAUGAUAUAUGGCGGAUUAGUAAUGGGGAUGAUUGGGAAAAACUAUUGUCGACACUCAAUCAAUCACAAGAAAAGGGUUCCAUGAUUCUCGUCACAACUCGGUUUCAAGCAAUAGCACAGAAGGUUAAAACAAUUGGCCACUCAAUAAAGUUGAACGGUUUAGAAUCUGAAGAGUUUAGGAAGUUGUUCCUUGCAUUUGUAUUUGGUGAUGAGCAAUGUCCAAGGGAUAAACAUUUUUUGCUUGAGACUGGAGAUAAGAUAAUGGAAAAACUAAAGGGCUCCCCUCUUGCGGCAAAAACAGUUGGUAGAUUACUGAGUAAAGACCUUCGUUUGCUUCAUUGGAGAAGGGUCCUAAAAAGUAAAGGAUGGGAGAAGCAGACUGAUGACAAUGAAAUUAUGCCUGCCUUGAAGCUUAGCUAUGACUUCCUUCCUUUCCAUCUGCAACAAUGUUUUGCAUAUUCUGCAUUGUUUCCUGAAGAUUGCAAUUUCAGAAGCCACGAUCUCAUCAAUCUGUGGAUCGGACUAGAUAUUUUGAUACCUAGUGGUCAAAACCAAACAUGUGAAGAUAUAGGUUUGAGCAAUUUAAAUGAGUUAGUCAUUCAUGGUUUUUUCAGAGAAGAGGAAACUGAUGGUGUUUUGUUAUAUGUCAUGCAUGACUUACUGCAUGAUUUGGCAUUGAAAGUUGGAUCGAAUGAUUGUCUUAGUUUACGUCUCUCUGAUGUUGGAUCAGCAGAAAUUCAGCCAUCCAUCCGUCACUUGUCUAUAAGCACAGAUGACUUAGGUGAAUAUGAUGCAGUAUCUGGUGAAAAAUUUAAGAGUGAAUUGGAAGAACUGAAGACAAGAUUGAAGGUUGAACAUUUGCAAAGUUUGAUGUUACUAGGAGAAAUGGAUGAAAAUUUCGCCAAGAUAUUUGGUGAUUUUUUGUGUGAAGCAAAUGCUAUUCGUGUUCUUUAUUUGCCCAGCAUGAUGUGUCCCGUGGACUCCAUGUUACAUGACUAUUCAAGACUUGUCCACCUACGAUACCUAUAUCUAGGGACAGAAGACAACAAGAUGCAUUUACCACAGAACAUCUCUAAAUUUUAUCAUUUAAGGAUUCUAGAUCUUGAGUCGUGGGAUGGCAGUUGUGAUUUGCCUGAAGACAUGAGCAACCUUGGCAAAUUGUGCCAUUUUUAUGCCCCAGGUGAUGAUGAGAUUCAUUCUGAUAUUUGUAAUGUGGGAAAACUUAAACUCUUAGAAGAGUUAAAAGUAUUUCGAGUCAGUAAAAAAAGCCAAGGAUUUGAAUCAAAGCAACUAGAGCAUUUGACCAAGCUAAGGGAGCUUGGCAUAUACAACCUUGAGAAGAUACAUACAGUAGAAGAAGCAGCUCAAGCAAAACUGUUGGAGAAAAAAUACUUGAGGAGGUUAACAUUGGACUGGGAUAGUGAGCGGUCUAGUGUUGAGCCUGGUGUGGAAGCGGCGGUUCUUGAGAGCCUUCAACCACAUGGAGAUCUUCAAGUAUUGUGCAUUAGAGGGCACAGAGGCCCUUCUUGUCCAGCAUGGCUGGGUGAUCAGCUUGUUGUUGAAGCUCUGCAAUCUCUUUGGCUUGAUGGUGUUUCUUGGGAGGUUUUCCCUUCUUUAGGGAAGGCGUGGGAUCUUCGUGAACUGAGGUUGGAGAAUAUUGCCGGACUAAAAGAGGUUAUCAUGGAGAAAAGUUUCUGCAUGCUAAUAAAGCUUGAACUCAUUGGGCUAGGAAGUUAUGAAAAAUGGGUUUACCCAGCUGAACAAGAUUCUUCUAUAGGUGGAGACUUGUUGCCACCGGAUGCUCAUAUAUUCCCUCUUUUGCAAGUUCUGAUCAUUAGGAAGUGCCCAAAACUGUUGGGGUUGCCUUUCUCAAACCACAUUGUUUUUCCAGAUUGGUUCCCUAAGCUACAAGAGCUUGAAGUAUGCGACUGUCCAGAAUUUUCGUCAGUGAUUCCCACGUCCUGGAUUGAGAGUCUGCGUCGUGUCAUGAUUGAACGUGUCAAGCUACUGAAGAGGUUUGCGUACUCAAAAUUAUCUGAUGGAGCAGAAUUGAAAAUCAUUGGAUGGGGUGAUUUGCAAAGCUUAGAUCAACUGUUAGUUUUUGAUAAGGAAACAUGUAUGGAGAAGCUGACACUCGAUAGCUGCCCACCUCUGGAGUUGAAGCACCUUCUGAAGUUAACCUCGCUGAAGAAAUUAAUUGUAGAAAAUUCACUUAGUCUGGUUGAACCACUAGGAGGUCAGGGUGAUGUGGAAUGGCAGCUCCCUGUUGAGCAUAUCAAGGUCUAUGGUUUAAAUGGUAAUAGUGGGAAGGAAUUGACAGAGCUACUCCCUCACCUCCCAAGGCUCUCCAUAUUGAAUAUAUGGAAGUGUAAAAACAUAAAAAAGCUGGUAGUGGGGGUGGAUGUGCAACAGACAACAUCAGCAGCAUCAGAUGAAAUAACAAGACCAUCAGAGGAAGAGGAUGAUGGGGUGCUGCUCUUACCAGCUCAGAUCUUUGACUCACUACGGGAAUUAGAUUUCUCUGGCUGCCCAGAGCUGGUCCUGGUGGACCCACCAACUCUUGUUCCCGGAGGAGGUCUCCAAGCCUUGCGAUCCCUCCAGAGUUUAUUAAUAGUGUGGUCCCCAAAGUUUCUAUCCGCCUUCUCGUUUUCCUGUCACAUUUUUCCUUCCUCCCUGCAAUACCUGGAGCUUACUGUGAAAGGCAUGGGGACGCUGGAGCCCCUCGCAAACCUCUCCUCUCUUACCAAAUUAAAUUUGGAAGGUUGCGGACAGGAUCUCAAGUGUCAGGGUUUGCGGUCUCUUCUUACCAACGGAGGCCAGCUCAACAAAUUAAUAGCCCGUGGCAGCCCUAGGUUCUUUGCUGGUUGGGAUCCCAAUCCCAGACGGACUUUGGAGGACGUUAAAGGAGGAGAAGAGCAACCGACGCAGCUUGUUUCAUCCACACUGCAGGAGCUUUGUACAGAUGACAUAAGGGGACUCCUUGCUGCACCGAUCUGCAGCUUCCUUUCUUCCUCCCUCACCAAGCUGGAACUUCGUGGGUAUGGGUCUGAAGGGAUGGAGCGCUUCAGCAAGGAGCAAGAGGACGCCCUUCAGCUCCUCUCCUCCCUCCAGAAACUUCAGUUUAUGCAUUUUGUCGAUCUUCAGCAACUCCCUACAAGGCUGCGCAACCUUACCAGCCUCAAGAUAUUAUCAAUCUACCGCUGUCCAGCCAUCUCGUCAUUGCCCAACGACGGCCUCCCCAAAUCACUGCAAGAGCUAGUUGUUGGAUACAUGUGCAGCGAGGAGCUAAGACAGCAUUGCAGGGGGUUAGAGGGAACCAUCCAAAAAGUCAUAACAUAGACUGAUCCAAGGAAAAUGCCUUGGAGUUCCCUCGUACAUUCUUCUAGCUUUGUAGAGCUCUGCUUUUUCCAUUCAUACACACUUGCCACAUGCAUGAUGUGAGGGUCUUGUCUCUUGUGGCUGCCGUCUUCCUUCCUGUACAUAAAUCUGGUGUUUGUUUGAUCUUAUAGGUUUCUUCAUAUUCCGACUUCCUAUUUUGGGUGUUACAAUCAAAAUAUCAGUAUGGCAUAAGUAUGGAACAAAUGAGACUUUUGCGUCAAGCUGCUGAUAUUAAGGUGUUAUAGCGUUUGUUUGGUAGGCUUUGUAGCCACUUAUGUUUGCAUUUUGUCCAAAACUCAUGAAGACCGAUGGUAUACCUGUAAAGUUCAGUUUUAGGGAUUAAAGGAUCAUCUUUGGCUUAGUUAUGGAAAACAAUGAGUUGUCAGUGUUUUGCUACUGAUAAGGUUUGCAGUUUUGCCAUCCAGUCUAAGUUACUGAUACCAGGAUCUUCACAGGAAUAGUCUGCAUACCAUAGCAGUGCAACCCUGGAGCCAAUUCAGAUCAUAGGGAGCAGUAGAGGUCUGAAGGUGUUGCAUUGCAGGUCAACAGUGAAUCAGGAUGUUGGUUAAUGCCAGGGAUUCACUUGCUGCUAAACUGUUAACAACUGAAACUUGCCUACCUAGUGAUGGAACUUUAUGGUGUUGCUUCAUGUUCUAGAUCAAUCACUCCAGGACAGAGAGAAAGAAGUACAUAGCCGUGGUUCGCCCAAUAGGCCUCCGUGUGGUACCUGCCCAUAAGGAGGCUGACAUGGGCGUAGGGUGCUUUUUGGUUCACUGUUGAGAGGACUGUCAUGGAAGCUCAGUAUGGCUUGAACAGGGAGGAGGAAGCAGUUAAUAGCCUGAUUGUAGAGGCCAUAUGUGAAUGUGACAGGGAAGUUGCCAAAGUUAUUAUGUCUUGGACUCCUGAAUCAGGCCAAGACCGAAGCUGCCAAGAAGGAUAGCUGAUGAGUGUGUGGCGCAUCGUGGGGAUGGAAAGAUCACGAGUGCAGAGACAUGCUGUUGGACAUGGACAAUCCUACUGCGCGCGCUAUACGGCGAUGUAACAUGGAAUGGAGGGUGCCUGCCUGCCUGCCUGUUGGUGAAAUAAAUGGUCAGCUUCUUCUUCUCGACAGAGGAAUGCUGCUCGCCCGGCUUGCUUGAAGACCUGGCCUUCAUUUGUAUUCCAGAGAUGCUACUCUGCACGCCUGCUUACUGGAGCACGCACCAUUGAUCAGGAACCAGACUGCAGCAUCUUCUGAAGAAUUCGACGCUUGUUGUCAUGCUAUUAACUGAAGAAAUCGACACCCAGCGGUUGGCGCCAAGAGAGGAGAUGAGCACCAUUUACUGUCGAUCGCCUCUGGGAAGAUGACCCAGGUGGUAGUGGUGUAUGGAAUGGGUGCAGAAGCAGAGCCAUCCCAUAAUUUCGCCAUCAGGCCUUCAUCAUGCACUUGUCGAACCUGUGAAAUUUCUCUUUUGAAGUGUACAUUCAUUCAUAAAAAAGCAAGGAGAAGAUGAUCUGUGGUCGGUAACCACAUGCUAUUAGACAAUUCUGUGUAUAUUAGACAGUUGGCGCACCUUUCCAUCUGCUUACAGUUACACUGAACGUGCUCUGUUCUGUUAUUUACUCUGACUCUCAGGUGCUCAACAUCACAA